ACACCAUAUAUUGCAGCGAUAAAAAGGCUGGAGAAGCCAAAAGGUGGAGGACUAGGCUCUUAUUCUACUAUUAGCACCUUUAGUGCUCCUGCAAGAGUCAUCGGAGGAGCAAAUAAAAGCAGAGGAUCUCAGAGAAGAAAACGACAGGAGAAAGGAGGCGUUCGGAGAUGUGGGGGUGGCUAUGGAGUUGGGUGCCAUCCAUGGCGGCGGCGGCGGCGCUGUGUUUGGCGGCGGCAUUGAGGCUGAUAAAUAUCUUAUGGUGGAGGCCGAAGAGGAUCGAGGAGCACUUCGCAAAGCAGGGCAUAAGAGGGCCUCCUUACCGUUUAUUUAUCGGCAACCUUAGGGAGAUGGUGAGCUUGAUGCUUGAGGCUUCAUCGAAGCCAAUGGCGCCCAAGAACUCCCACAACAUUCUCCCUAGAGUUCUCUCUUUUUACCACCACUGGAAGAAGAUCUAUGGUUCAACUUUCUUGCUCUGGUUCGGACCCACAGCUCGGCUAGCCGUCGCCGAUCCUGAGCUCAUCCGCGAGAUCUUCAUCUCUCGCGCCGAUUUCUUCGACCGUUACGAAUCUCACCCUUUGAUACGGCAGCUGGAGGGCGAGGGCCUUGUAAGCCUCCGCGGUGAGAAAUGGGCGCACCACCGCAAGGUCCUCAACCCCACCUUCCACAUGGACAAUCUCAAACUGCUGAUUCCGACGAUAGGGAAGACAGUGGUGGAGAUGCUGGAGAAAUGGGCGGCGAUGUCAUUGUCCACGAGCAGUGGCGAUGUGGAGAUUGAAGUCUCCGAUUGGUUUCAGGGAGUAACGGAGGACGCCAUCACCAGCACAGCUUUUGGUCGGAGCUUUGAGGAUGGAAAUGCGAUCUUUCGCCUCCAAGCAAAGCAAAUGGCUUUUGCCUCCGAAGCCUACAACAUGGUCCUUAUUCCCGGAUACAGAUUUUUGCCGACGAAGAAGAAUACGAGCUCGUGGAAGCUGGACAAAGAGAUACGUCGGAAUCUAGUGCAGCUAAUCGGGAAGCGGAAGGAGGAUGCCGCUGCAGACGAGGAGAGGAAAGCCGAAGGUGCUGCAACCGUAUCAGCUAAAGACCUUCUCGGGCUUAUGAUAAAUGCCAGUAGCGGCGGGCGGCCGCGAAUCGGACCACCUCCGGCGAUCUCGGUAAGAGACAUAGUGGAGGAGUGCAAAACAUUCUUCUUCGCCGGAAAGCAGACUACUUCAAACUUGCUCACAUGGACGACGGUGCUCCUCGCCAUGCAUCCGGAGUGGCAGGACCGCCCCCGCCAUGAGGUCCUCCAGAUCUGCGGUUCACAUGAUCUUCCCACCCGUGACCAACUCUCCAGGCUCAAAACGCUGGGGAUGAUUCUAAAUGAGACAAUGAGACUGUAUCCCCCUGCGGUGGCAACAAUCCGUCGGGCCAAAGCCGAUGUUCAGCUUGGAGUGUACAAAAUUCCACAGGGCACUGAACUGCUUAUACCAAUCAUGGCGGUUCAUCAUGAUGCAGGGCUGUGGGGUGCUGAUGCCGCUCAAUUCAAUCCGGCACGCUUUGCGGAUGGCGUCGCACGAGCAGCCCGGCACUCCACAGCCUUCAUCCCUUUCGGGCUUGGGGCUCGAAUGUGCAUCGGCCAGAACUUGGCUCUAAUGGAGGCUAGGCUCACUCUGGCUCUCAUCCUGCAGCGCUUCUCUUUCCGUCUAUCUCCUGCAUAUGUUCACGCACCCACUGUGCUGAUGCUGCUCUACCCUCAGUACGGUGCCCCCGUCCUCUUUCGCCCAUUAUCUCCAUCAAGCGCCGGCUGCGGUCUCUGUCAUGAUGCAUCAUGAUGCUGCAGAUUCCUUCCAUACCAAUGCUACUCUGAACAGUAGUUCCUCGCAUCUGUUCUCACACUAACGUUUUUUCUAACCCAGACGAAAAGAUGGAAAAAAAAAAUACAGCAAAAGCAAAAUGUUUGUUUUAACUUUGUGCUAUCACUCUGUUAUUCGUGCAUCUCAUCAAUCACUUGCCAAGAUUUUAAUUUUAUCCGUGAAGAAAGACAUUUAGGGGGUGUUUAGUAGCACACUCUUAGCACGAUUUAGUCCUGAAUUUGAUUUAGCCAAACACCAAAAUAGGUAAAAUCAAAUUCAACCCUCCAAUUCUCUCUGAUGGGUCUGUUUCUCCCCCCAUUCAUCUUAUGUGUGACGUAAAUCUGAAUUUAUCAAAUACAACUGUGAG